AUGACAACUCGUGCAUUUUCGAAUUCAAGCAAUACCCACGAAGAAGAUGUGCAUCCACUAUCAGAGAUAAUGUGUAAUUGUGAACUCUGCUACGCACGACUGUGUGCAUCCACCAGGCAGUUUACUGAGGAAGAUUUGAUGUACAAUCUAGAUCCACUUGACAAUUUUCCAUUUCUUAAUAGCUCAAAAAUUAUGCCAACUUACCUUCCAUAUGGCUACGAUUUAACAGGCAGCUCUAUGUGUGGUGAUGCGAAUAGAGUAGCUGUAAAUAAGAUGACCUUUCAGAGCGCCAUGAACUCGGAGACAGCAUUCCCCAUGUAUCCAUCUCCAGAGUGGCAAUACUGUUCAAAAGUACUGGAACAGGUGCCUUGUGAGGGCGAUUUCAGUUUAGCAGCACUAUCGAACCCACAGCUGUACUUGUCCAAAGAAUCCGUCAUUCACUUGAGACUAUCGGCAUAUGUCGUUCUUGAAAGGUCAGGAACGGCUUAUCGUUUGAUCAACUAUCGCAAUAACUCUGCGUUAGCACUUAGUGAAAAUUGCCAAUAUGGAUACGUGUAUCAUUUCAACUGUCGCGGGCUAAUUAAUAUUCAUCACGAAAAGCUCUCAAUCACAUUUGAUAAGGAGCGACAGAUAUUACUGCGGACUGAAAAGCCCAGUUUUGUAAAGAAUGAGAACGAGUACUAUCGACUGACCAUGCACCACUGGGCUCAAUGCAGACCAGUAUCGAUGGAUUUCUUUGAUCGUGACCGUACUCCAGACAUUCUGAGGAAAUCCGGAUUGGAUAAAGUAAAUGAGGAACCGAAACUCUUAGACCUAGUUAACUCUUCAGUAAUUCAGAAAGAUGCCAGCGGUCUCACGAUUUACCUGGGUGAUGCCCGAAUCGAGCAACGUUUGAACGGUGACGUAAGCCUCUCAUGGAUGCAUGGGGAGCAGUUUAAUUCCCUCUUUGUCUCACCUCUGACGGGCGGCUUGAGCUUGUCCACAAGAAAUCUGGAGAUAAUUGCCACCCCCAAGAAUGAAAUCUACAUAUCAUUCGCGGAUUUUUUUGUCCAUGUCGAAUCUCAACAGAUGACUGUCAGCAGUGGUGCAAUGUCUGGUCGUCUAAACCACGUCAGGAGUCACCCCUGUCUACUAAGACUAGUAAAUAGUCAUGUGGACAGCCAAAGUCUGCCCCAAUAUUGCCCCUACAUGAACCACUCACAGAACAGUCCCAUGCAUAGCGCCAGUAAACACGGAAGUCAUGGACGCCACGAGGGUAACUGCAAGACUAGUACUGGCACUAACGCUCCUCAAAUCGAAAAUACGAUGAAUACGCAUUGUGACACAAUGAAUGCAGAGGAACCAAUUCGUAAACUGUCCUGCGGAGGCAAUUGUCCCAAGUCUUCUGAUACACCGCUCCUCUCGAAAGCAACAACGACAUCUUAG